UCAAGCAAAGGAGUUCCUUGUCGAAGGAGCUACAAGGUUCCCGAGGAUCGAAGGGUGGCCAAGGAGGGUCGUGGAGGCGCUCCUUCGGCUGGCCUUCCCAAGCGUCCUUUCAAAAGACAGGAACAAGAUAUUCCUUUGUCUGAAAAGACUGUACGAAAACUAAUAAGAGACAAUAUCACAAACUUCUAAGCGAAGAUUUUCCCAUGAACUUUUGUGUGAGAAAGGAAAUGUAAAAAUAACCUCCCGGCUCACUCAUUAUCCGGCACUGAUACUGUGCAGACAAUGGGAUGCCAGAUCUUUCGAAUUUAAACAUACGAUUUUCAGCCUAAGGACUUCGGGGGAAGAAAGCGAGAUGUGCACGACGCCAUACCUCUUCAUUGAUACGAACAUGACCUCAUUUCCCCAAGAGUUCGUGUCAAACUACAGGCCAGUAAUUGCCAUGAAAGUGACCCCUGCAUUCCGUUUCGCCAGGAAGUGUGACGCAUGAGCCUCUCGCCUCAAAACGCCGGAUGAUGUCGGUUUCUCGUCAGUCACGGACGCGCAGCGUGUGUCAGAGGCCCUUGCAGUGGGCGUCUUGCCGUGUGCCUGCGUGCCUAUCCUCAUCUGCGUGUUCUGAAUCGGUGGAUCCCAGCUUUUCCCGGCAAAGGAGUUCCUUAUCGAAGGAGCUACGAGGUUCCCGAGGAUCGAAGCGUGGCAUCGCGUCCGGUGCGAUGGCCGGGUGGCGGAGGGUGGUCGUGGCGGCGCUCCUUCAGCUGGCCUUCUCGCGCGUCCUUCCUGCAGACACCAAUUGCUAUGAAAGAGGGGAGCAACUAAUAGGACGUGGAUACUUCAACUGUUCAGAGCCACGUCUGAACUUCAAUGACACUCAAGAGGAGCUCACAAUGGACUUUCGUAACAGAAACAAUAAAAUUGUAUCCAGUCUGUCACUCAACAGAACAGCCGGUGCCUUCCACCUCAUUACUCAUAAAUAUGAUAAAGUAAUAAACCGCACAAAGUUAGAUCUACCUGAUUCCUCAAAUGAACUGCAACUCAACAUCAACCGUUCAAGUGUGCACGCGAAGACUCGGGGAAGAUGGCGGAAGCUGGACAUUCCGGAGACAAAAGAGAUCUUCUCCUUGUACUUCCGGUCUUCCCACCCUCCUUUCUGCAUCACGUGCCACGGAGGAGACAUCUGGGACAACGACAAAGCCAUCCAACCAGACACUGAACAUGGCGCAGGGCACACCAAUCAAGCCACUGAACAAAACGGAGGAGACAUCUGGCACAACGACAAAGCCGACACCACCCAGAACACUGAACAAGGCGUCGUUCAAACCACUCGGAGCACUGAACAAGGUAUGGUACAAUCCACUCAGGCCACGGAACGAAGUGACGUUCAAUCCACCCAGAACACUGAACAAGGCGUCGUUCAAACCACUCGAAGCACUGAACAAAGCGUCGUUCAAACCACUCAGAACACUGAACAAGGCAUCGUUCCAACCACUCAGACCAACGAGCAAGACACAGAACACCAGACAGUUACAUUGUGGCCGCUGUGUUUCAUCCUGCUGCCACUAUUGGGCCUCCUGCUGUGCAAACGAACGUACCUUUGCGGAAAGAUGCACCUGCUGUGCCAUGACCUCAGGACCUGUUGCCGCAACACGAAAGGAACUACGACGGGAAAUGAGCAAGAAAUGUCCGGACGUUUUCACCAAGCUCGGGAAGAAGGCAAUGGAAUGAUGCAUGACACAGGCAAUUUUGAAGCAGUUGAAGUUGAGACAGAAAAUGACACGUACAUUUCUGCUGAUGUUGUCCAAGGAUGUGGAGACGAAGAAUACGAAACAGUGAAUGACAUUUACGCUUCUGCUGAUGUUGUCCAAGGAUGUGGAGACGAAGAAUACGAAACAGUGAAUGACAUUUACAUUUCUGCUGACGUUCACCAAUCCGGAAGCAACGAAUAUGAAACACUUACCAAUAUAUGAAUGCCAGUUGAUGAUUUUUAGUAUGACAGAAGAGGAUGUUGAAUAUGAUGAUACUUCCAAACUUAUACCUGGUUUUGGACAAACUGAGGUGGCUGAUGAGGAAACAUGGAAAAGAUUUGUAUGAUUUUAUGUUGUCCAAAAACAGACAAGUGUGAAAUGCGAAAUGCUAAAUGACUUGAACAUUUCUAUUGAAGCUCCUAAGUUCAGUUGCAAAAAUAUGAAACAAAGAA